UUGCUGUUCAUGAAAAAUGAAUUGCCCAUUCGCAAUAUAUGUUUAGUUAUAAGUAGUAAGAUAUAAAUUUUUGCCAGCGGAGAUGUAGGGUUAAGGAAAUCUGUGCUGAUCCAUGCUAUACAGCUGGUUCAUUGCGAAACUGACCGAAAACUAUCUUGUGCCGGGUUAGAUUCACAUUCACGUUUUAAUAUAUUGUUAAAAAGAAGUCAAAAUUCUCAGUUAGGAAAAUGCGUAUGGUUAUAUUGUAUGGAAGUCAAACUGGCACGGCUCAAAAUGUGGCCGAACAAAUUUGGCGGGAAUCAAAAACGUGGGGCUUUAAUGGGCCAGUUCUACCAAUGGAUGACUAUCCGGUGCAGCAGUUGAUAGAGGAGAAAUUGGCUAUUUUCGUCGUAGCCACCACAGGUAAUGGCGACGAACCGGAUAACAUGCGAAAAACGUGGAGAUUUCUAUUGCGGCGAAGCUUGCCAGCAGAUUCACUACAACGAGUGAAUUUUGCUUGUUUGGGGUUAGGAGACUCGAGUUACGCUAAAUUUAAUUUUACUGCCAAAAAAUUGAAUAAGCGCCUUAUGCAGUUGGGCGCUAUUCCUAUAUUAGAUUUAGGAUUGUGUGAUGAUCAGCACGAUCAUGGACUUAGUGCGACAGCUUUGCCGUGGAUCGCAGAAUUGUGGCAGAAAUUAGGGAAGUCCUUAUCAUAUGAAAAAUUGAAGCAGAACGGCGAGGCGAAGAAGAUUUUCAAAUGGAAUACCACAAUUGUCGAGCCUGCAACAUCUUUGGUGGAAGAUAACCAUCUGGAAUGGCCACUGAAGAGUGAAGCUAUUUGUUUUACUUUAAGAGAAAAUCAGCGUACCACUGCUGCUGAUCAUUUUCAAGAUGUGCGAUUUUUAAGUUUUAGUUUUCCAUCCUCUAUUAAAUGGAAUGCUGGUGAUGUGUUAAAUUUGAACCCUGCCAAUUCAGAUGAGCAAGUGUCGCAGUUUUUUGAACUGGUGAAGGAACACAAUUUAGGUUUUAAUGAAGAAACUAUAGUAAAAUUGGAAACAGUUUAUGGUGAUAUGCCUGUUCCAUUGGCUUACGCAAAGCCGGUAAAUAUUCGUAUGCUAGCGAAGUAUAUAUGGGACUUAAAUGCAUGCCCACGACAACGUGCAUUUGAACUCUUGUCGUUGAACUGUGAAGAUGAGUUGGAAAAAGAAAAAUUGGAAGAAUUUACUUCAAUAGAGGGAUUAGAUGAUCUUAUAAAUUAUGUAAAUCGCCCCCGACGUACAAUUCUUGAAGUUUUGCAGGACUUCCGGCAUAGCACAUCGAAGCUUCAACUUCCGAUUCUGUUCGAAUUAUUUACUAUGAUACAACCGCGCAGUUAUUCAAUAGCUUCAAUGUCUAGUAGCCGUUCACUUGAUAUUCUUGUUGCAGUGGUUGAAUAUAAAACAAAAAUGUCACUCCCGCGCCUUGGUCUUUGCUCGAAUUGGUUAAAGACGCUGUCUGUCGGGAGUAUAGUAAAGGGUGUGAUAAAAAGUGGAACAAUGUCAUUGCCUGUCGAGCCAGCAACGCCAAUCAUAAUGGUAGGCCCAGGUACUGGUAUUGCACCUUUUCGUAGCGUCAUACAGUACAGGAAGGAACAACAAAAAAAUGGCGCCAAAAUCGGCGAUUCGGUUGUUUUCUUUGGUUGCCGAAACAAAGCGAAGGACUAUCACUUUGUUGAAGAUUUUACACGCUGGCAAUUAGAUGAAUCCUGUACAAUAUUUGUAGCGUUUUCACGUGAUCAGGAACGUAAAGUAUAUGUUCAACAUUUGAUAAAACAAGAAAAAGUGUUAAUGAGUGAAUUAAUUCUGGAAAAAAUGGCGUCUGUAAUGGUGGCUGGCUCUUCGAACAGUAUGCCUAAAGCUGUUCGCGAAGCAUUUAUUGAAGUGUUGGACGGUGAUGAGGAAUAUUUGGAACAUAUGCUGAAAAGUCGGAGGUAUCAAGAGGAGACAUGGUCGUAAAAACCAAUUGCUAUAAAAUGUUUUAAUUUCAGUUGCAUUUUUGUUUACAGUCUUCAGUUGCUCCUAGUUGCUUGGCAACGACAACAGCAACAAUGCAUGCGUAACAGGGCUAGU